AUGACGGCGCUGAAGUUUGUACGAUCCGUUUGGGAAUCAUUCCGAGCCAACUCGGGUCUGGAGCCAAGGCUUCUGGACGAGCUUCGAGUGACGUCGGCAGUCCCGGGACGCGUCAAGUUUGAGCUGGACAUAAAGAAGGAGCACACAAACCGGUUAAGCAUUCUCCAUGGAGGAACAAUUGCCAGCAUGGUUGAUCUCGGUGGCUCUCUCGCCGUAGCAUCUCGCGGUCUCUUCGCAACCGGCGUCUCGACUGACCUGAAUGUGACUUACCUCUCCUCGGGCGGCAAGGUCGGAGACUUGAUCAAGGCCGAAGUAUCAUGCGACAAGUUCGGCAAAACAUUAGCCUUUACAUCAAUCAACUUCAGCAACAGCAAAGGCGAGAUCUUUGCUCGAGGAAGCCAUACCAAGUAUGUUGCCUUGGCGUGGAAAGAUCCAAACAAUAUCGUUGAAGAGCUAUCACCCAAGCCGAGUGAGAAGAAGGAAUAG